AUGUCUGCUCUGGGGCUACGGGAAGGAAUGGUGGACACAUGCGGAGCUACUAUCAUCACGAUCAGUACGAAUUUUCGCAAAAUUACGGGCAGAAAACUGCCGCACACAUUGCCAUGUAUGAGCACGAAGAGCUCAAUGUGGUUGGACUGGUCAGUAAGUAAUAACUGCAACUUUGUUAGAAGAACCUCGUUCGUGACUUACGAUGAUCCUUCCUUAGAAAAAUCUGGAUUAAGGGAUUACUAUUCGUUUGUAAACAACCCCUAUAUCGAUCAGAAGGUCAAAGAUCGGGUGAAGAUAGUGUUUGAUGAACAAGCCAGAAAAGAGCAGCAAACACUUCGUUUACACCCACAUCCUCAAGCUAGUCUGCGGUCUUCUCGAGAUUGCUCGGGUGAACUUCAAACACUGCUGUCGCUGGAAUGUCUUGAGGACAAUACUUGGAUGGUGAAGACGCCACGUGGACACGUGCAUGCGAAGAAAGUUGUGAUCGCCACCAAUGCUUACACGAGAGCUCUUUUGCCGG